GAGUUCAGUACAACUUAGCAGAGCUAGACAGAGCCAUGGGCUACCUUCCUUUCUUCUCUUUAGAAACAUGGAUUCUACUGAUCACAUGUUUCUGCUUAUUAGUUGUGUAAGGAUCAGAGAUUUAUUUUAACUAAGGAAGAUUAUUCGUAUUACAUGUGACAGAAAUCGCCUUAAGGAACGCACCAAAUUACCAAAGUUAAAGGUAAAGUCUUCGACUGACAGUAUGUGACUUUAAAUACUCGUUGUAUUGGGUUUCUGUUCGAUACAGGUAUGGCAAGUGGACUCAUGGCAUAUUUGAGAGAUUGGGGAUCCCAGGUCCAAAGCCGUACAUGUACUGGGGCACAGUUGGCAGGCAUCACCCUGUUUACUACAAGGAUGACAUUGAGUGUGCAAAGAAGUAUGGAAAAAUAUGGGGGUUGUGUAUUUGUUUAAAUGUCUAGAUCAUAUGAGUUCAGGAAGCCCAUGCUGACAGUGAUGGACCCCAACAUGGUGAAAGCCAUAAUUGUGAAGGAGUGCCUCACCUACUUCACCAACCGCCGGAACUUGCGCCUGAAUGGGGAUCUUUAUGACGCCGUGAGUAUUGUUGAGAAUGAUGAAUGGAGACGGAUUCGUAACAUCCUCACUCCUUCUUUCACCUCUGGCCAUAUAAAAGAGAUGUUUAGCCUCAUGAAACAUCAUUCCAGCAAACUCACAACCACCCUGCAGUCCAAGGCGGGCAAUAAUGAAGUUAUAACAAUAAAAGCCUUCUUUGGAGCCUACAGUAUGGAUGUGAUGGCGAGCUGUGCAUUCAGUGUGGAUGUGGACUCAAUAAACAACCCCUCUAAUACCCUAAUUACACACGUCUCAAAGCUUUUUAGAUUCAACCUGCUUCUUUUCAUAUUCCAAGGGUUUUUCCCUGUUUUUCUUCCUCUCUUGGAGCUGCUUGGCGUCUCCUUGUUUCCAAAGUCUUCUACUGAAUUCUUCAAUACUCUUCUUGGGAAGGUCAGAGCAGAGCGCGACAGGAGCUCGCACCAGAAUGCAGAUAUGCUUCAACAUAUGAUCAACUCCCAGACUACCAGUGAAGCCAAGAAAGAGAAGCAUAACAAAGGUCUCACUGAUCAUGAAAUUGUUUCUCAAGCCACAAUGUUUAUGUUUGCUGGUUACGAGACAAGUGCCCUAACUUUGGUUUCCGUUGCCUACAAUUUGGCAAGAUAUCCUGAAGUCAUGAAACGCCUGCAAGAGGAGAUAGAUUCCACUUUCCCUAAAAAGGGUUCUGUCCAAUAUGAAGAGCUGAUGCAGAUGGAGUACCUGGACAGUGUCGUCAAUGAGUGUCUGAGGCUCUACCCUCCAGCCGGACGUCUUGAACGAAUUGCCAAAGAAACUGUAAAGAUCAGUGGCAUCACAAUCCCAAAGGACAUGCUCGUUAUGAUCCCAGUCUACGCUCUGCACCACGACCCCGAGCUGUGGCCAGAGCCCGAGGAGUUUAGACCAGACAGAUUCAGUAAACAGAACAAGCAGAGCAUCAACCCGUACACCUACCUGCCAUUUGGUCUCGGGCCGAGGAACUGCAUAGGGAUGCGCUUUGCUCUGGUGAUGAUUAAACUGGCGUUGGUGGAAGUUCUGCAGAACUACAGCUUCUCCGUCUGCGAGGAGACUGAGAUCCCUUUGAUUAUGGACCCUGAGGGCCUGGUUGGACCUCUGAAACCGAUCAAGCUAAAGCUGGUGACACGUUAAAUCGCCUCAGGAAAUGCGGACAACUACGAGAGCUGAACUAACCUCUACAUGUAAAAUUUAGUAAAUAAAGAUGCUGCUUAAAGUUUAUGAAGUUUGUUCAGAAGUUCAUAAUCUGAUCGGACAUUGUCAGUCAAUGACUUUAAUAAUUGAAGAUGUUCGUAGUUAAUGGAAAUGUUUGACAGGAAAAAUCUGUAUUGUUGGAACAAUUAAUAACUGUUGGUGUCAUAAUUUAAAUUUUCAACCAAAUUUGACAAAAAAAUAAACAAGUGAACUCAUAACUAAAGUCUAAAUGUCUGAAAAUGACUAAUGUCAUGAGAGCAUAAUGACAUCUUUAACAUGGAUUUAUCUUGUGUUCUCUUAUUGUUCAAAUGAUCAAACUUCAUGCAGCUUAUUCAAUAAAAAGUUAACUGAUGGUACUUUUGGAGGCUUCAUUGUGUUUUGGGCUCAUCUCUGGAUAGAUAUAGUGGCUAAUACUUUGUGAAUCUUGAUGUUACAUUUUGUUUUAUCAACAGUGUAUCCCAAGUCUAACAAACUCGUCUCUACUGUCACACAUUCAAUUUUGAUUUGCAUGUCCGUGAAAUUUUGGGGGAAGCCACAUCAGUCCAAGUCUUUAAAAUGCAAAGUUAAAAAAAGAGGUAUCAGUAUAAAGUAUCCGAACAACACACAAAGUAAAAUUCCUAAAAAUACAAAAACAUCUGGUGCAAUACAUCGCAAUAUCCAGUAUAUACUCUUAUUAAAGUCAGUUCACCUACCAUAGAGUACACGAGUCAUCACCUCACCUUUCUGACGACUCAGUGGUCCUUUGUUGUUCAGUCAGUUCAUUCCCCGAUAACGUUUUUUUGUUGGGGGGGAUCUUUCCUUAUCCGAAGCAAAGUUUGUUGAAGGACCAAUGGUUUUGUUAACAAUACAGAUACAGAUUGUAAUUUGUGAUAUUGGGCAAUAAAAAUGUAAUUCAGUUGUUGUAUUA